AUUAUAAACAUGCUCCUUAACCAAGGUCAAAGGAUUAGAGUAAAGACAAUCGGAUCUAUGCUAUUUCAAAAGAAUAAUGCUUCAUUUUCACCAAGAUUAUACUCUUUCUCUCGCUGACAUUUCAGCUCAGAUUCUAAAGCUGAGGAAGUUGCAAGUGAAGUAGACAUUUUAGAUAUUGGUAAAUAUGAAUUAUGGACCACAGAUUCUACUUAUUCUUUUUUAAGAGUAUUUGAUCCUCUCAAAUAUCUUAUCGCUGAUCAAUGGGUUUAUAUUGCUGAGGACCUGAACUUAGGUCUUGGAACAGGUAUUGUGAUGACUUCAGUGUUAGUAAGACUUUUCUUCACCCCACUUGCAAUGUAUGCUCAAAAGAACGGAAUUCAGUAUUUGAGAGUGAAGAAAGAUAUUGAUGAUAUUAAAAAGAGAAGGGAACAAUAUUCUGACAAUAAAGAGGCCAGAACUAUAGAAACUUUUAAAAUUAAAUAGUAUUCUUCGGAAAUUCAACAUCAAGCCUUCUGUCGCUUUGUUCAACAUCAUCCAGCUGCCAAUUCAUUUCUCAGUAUUUUUACUUUGCAAUGAAUUUUCUAUGAAUUGCCAUAUCUACCCUGGAAUUGAGACUGAUGGAUUUUUAUGGUUUAAAGAUCUUUCAUAUUCUGACUCAACAUCAAUUCUUCCAACAAUAGGAGCAGCAAUCUCUUUAAUUAAUGUAUUAUCAACUUCAGUUCUUUCUAUAAAUGAAUAUACAAAAGGUGCAAAGAGAAUAUCCCUGAUGUUACCAGUCCUUGCAUUACCAGUAUUUCUUUCAUUACCUUGAUCAUUCAAUCUAUAUUGGAUAAGUAGUUCUAUUUUGCAUUGAACAGUCUUGAAUGCAUUCAGGUUUACAUAUGUGAGAAAGGUUUUAAAAAUUCCCAAUUAUUACCCUGGGACGCAUUUGGAAAGGCUUAUUCAAGAGAAAAAGCUGAAGAGUCUUGAAGAAUUGAAGGUCAAGAAAAGUACAACUGAGGUUGUCCAAACUACAAAUACUUUGAGAAGAGUCAAAAAGUAA